AUGUCAGAUGUGAAGUUCUCAAAUUCGAUGCCAGAUGUGAAGUUCUCCGGCCGAUUGGAGGACCCUGGUGGGCCUUUCCUAUUCGACCUUUGGGGUGGCCGUACCUUAUUUGAGUCUCGCCAACAUCUCCUCGAUUCCGUCGUCUCUGGAUCUAUCACCCUCCAAAAAUCAUCAGACAACCAGCUCUCAUUAUUCCGGAUUUCUUGGUCAAAUUGCUCGUCUGGGUUCCAUUUCUUCCCAUAUUCCUGUUCUAAAAUGUCGAAAAAUCUUUGUUCUGGCAACCCUCAAGGGUCUCAAUCUCAAGAUGCGUCCGAUCGCAACACCGCGCCGCUCCGAACCAGGUUACAACUUGUUGACGUUUUGAAUAUCAACAACGAUGAUACGACUUCCGGAAUAGGCUCCCAAGAGUCUUUGGUGACGUUCGAUUUUGGCCAUGAGGAUCCGGAAGAGGGGCCUGUCGAUUUGCCGCAGGUCGAUCAACAAAGCGGUAUCGAAGCCAACAAGUGUGUCGAACCGAAAGAUGGUAAGUCACAGAGCCAGUGUUCUUUUACUAGCAUCAACUGA